GUUGGCUUUCCUCAAUAUCCAUAUUUUGCCGCUUGUCUCGCUGGCAGUGGCUGUGCACCAGGAAGUCCUAACAGCAUCUUCUCUAAUUAUUCUCAUUUUCUAUUUCCUGUGCAUUGCGGAUCCUUCAGUUGGUUUGUGUGCGCGCGUCUGUGAAUUUAACUCUGCGACUAACGACAUUUUCACUGGAGAUCGCCAACCUCAAAUAGCUAUAAAUCAGACAUCAUGAGUGACGAACUAACAAAGGAGCAAAUCGCACUGCUGCGCAAUGCUUUCAAUGCAUUUGAUCCCGAGAAGAAUGGAUACAUCAACACGACGAUGGUUGGCACCAUUCUGAGCAUGUUGGGCCAUCAGCUGGACGAUGCCACGUUAGCCGAAAUCAUUGCCGAGGUCGACGAGGAUGGCUCCGGCCAGAUUGAGUUCGAGGAGUUCACGACUCUGGCAGCGCGUUUCCUCGUCGAGGAAGAUGCCGAGGCAAUGAUGGCCGAGCUGAAGGAGGCCUUCCGACUGUACGACAAGGAGGGCAACGGCUACAUAACCACCGGAGUUCUGCGCGAGAUUCUGCGCGAGUUGGACGACAAACUGACAAACGAUGACCUGGACAUGAUGAUCGAAGAAAUUGACUCUGAUGGCUCCGGCACUGUGGACUUUGAUGAAUUCAUGGAAGUUAUGACAGGCGGCGAUGAUUAGGCCAACUACCAACUACCAACUACCAACUACUCGCGGAUGCCUCAAAUCAAUUUUGUAUUAUUAUAUGUUUCUAAUUAGUUGCAUCGGCACAGUCUAACGUCUAUCAAAAUUCGAAUAAA